CUCCAGCGAUCUCCUUUCUUCACAUCGCCGUGAAUUCUAGGGUCCCGGCGAUACCAACUGCCGGAUCCCGUCGCCAUGGACUCCUCCGGCAUCGGAGGCGGCCUCUUUAUUGUUGAUCCCCUCGAGCGGAACGCUACCAGGGGCCGCGGCGUCAUCACGUCGAUGGCUGCCGGCAACGAUGUCAUCGUCCUGGGCACCAGCAAGGGCUGGGUCCUUCGCUACGAUUUUGGGCUUGGGGACACCCAGGACCUCGACUUUUCCGGAGGAAGGGGCGGCGAUCAGCCAGUUCACAGAGUCUUCGUCGAUCCCAGAGGGAGCCACUGCAUUGUGACGGUUCUCCAAGCUGGCGGCGCCGAGACAUACUACACCCACGCAAAGUGGGCGCGGCCUAGGGUUUUGAGCCGCCUGAAGGGAUUGGUAGUCAAUGCCGUGGCCUGGAAUCGGCUGCAGAUCACGGAAGGGUCAACAAAAGAAGUGAUUCUUGGUACCGAUAAUGGACAGAUGUUUGAGAUUGUGGUGGAUGAAGUGGACAAGAAGGAGAAAUAUGUAAAGCUGUUGUUUGAGCUGACUGAGCUUCCUGAGGCUAUCAUGGGUUUGCAGAUGGAAACAGCUUCUGCAGGUAAUGCAACCAGAUUUUAUGUGAUGGCCGUGACAGCUACGAGACUGUACUCUUUUACCGGCAUUGGUUCAUUGGAGACGGUCUUUGCUAGCUAUUCAGAUCGUGCAGUACAUUUUAUGGAACUUCCCGGUGAAAUACCCAAUAGUGAGCUGCAUUUCUUUAUCAAGCAACGAAGAGCUAAACAUUUUGCCUGGCUUUCUGGGGCUGGAAUUUAUCACGGUGACUUAAACUUUGGUGCACAGCAUAGUUCAAUCAAUGGAGAUGCAAACUUUGUUGAAAACAAGGGCCUUUUGGACUACUCAAAAUUGGGUGAAGCCAAUAAACCAAGGUCUUUUGCAGUUUCAGAAUUUCACUUCUUGGUUUUGAUUGAGAACAAGGUCAAGGUUAUUAACAGGAUUAGCCAACAAAUGAUUGAGGAACUAAAAUUUGAACAUUCACCAGAAUCAUCAAAAGGAAUUAUUGGAUUAUGUAGUGAUCCCACUGCUGGGUUAUUCUAUGCAUUUGAUGAAAAUUCUAUUUUCCAGGCUUCUGCUCAUGAUGAAAGUCGAGAUAUGUGGCAAGUAUACCUAGAGAUGAAGGAAUAUGCUACUGCUUUAGCUUAUUGCCGAACUCCAAUCCAGAGGGAUCAGGUGUAUCUUGCUCAGGCUGAUGCUGCUUUUUCCACCAGAGAUUAUCACCGAGCAGCUUCCUUUUAUGCGAAGGUGAAUUACAUCAAAUCCUUUGAAGAGAUCAGCUUGAAGUUUGUCAUGGCAGAUGAGUUGGUAAGAUCAAAUACCAUGAUCAAUGUGAGAAGUAAUUUAAAUAAUAGUGAAGAAUAUCAAGUUCAAUAGUAGAUGAUCAAAAUUAAUU